CAGACAUGCUCCGCCCCUGUCUGAGCUGGGCCGUGUGUGUGAGCUGGGCUAUAAAUGCCUGAGAUGCUGCGGCCUCGCCACCUCCUUCUUCGAGAAGUCGGAUGUUGAAGUGUUGAGUCGUGCCCGCGGAAGCAGCGUGCCGCUGAACGCCGUGGCGCCACUCCUACACUGUACACUGUGCUCUCUUUGUUAGUGUAAUUUUAAGAGAAGCGCUGUGAAACACGGUGUUUCGGGCCGCGCUGCUCCACUGCAGACACUCACCAGGGAUAAGAUCAUGCGCGCGGGUCUCAGUGAGCACCUUAAGCGGAUCGGCUGUGUGUGAGGGGGUUAGAGGAGGAGGCUGUUUCUGGUGAAUGAACCUCGUGUGGAUGUUGGGGAGGGAAGGCUGAUUGCAUCAUGGUGGCGGGAGAGCUGCUUCAGGAGCACGCUCCUGCUGCUGCCUGCGAGGCGGCUUCAGCUCUUAAAACCGCAGACACGCACUACACGGAGCUCUCAGACACAAACACCGCGGUGAUCCAUGUGACCGCGCCGGACUCGAGGCAGCGGGCAGCGGACAGUGAGCUCCCGCCGGACGAGGAGGAGGCGAUGCUGCCCAGCGAGCGCGGCGAGCCCCCCACAACCAAGCUGUACUACCGGCGGUUCGCCGUGCUGACCAUCUUCAGCCUGUACUCCCUCGUCAACGCCUUCCAGUGGAUCCAGUACAGCAUCAUCGCCAACAUUUUCGCGCAGUACUACGGCGUGACCAACGUGAUGAUCGACUGGCUGUCCGUGGUCUACAUGGUGGCCUACGUGCCGCUCAUCUUCCCCGCCACCUGGCUGCUGGACUGGAAGGGGCUGCGGGUGACGGCGCUCCUGGGUGCCGGACUGAACUGCGUGGGCGCCUGGAUGAAAUGCGCCAGCGUCGGGCCGCACCUCUUCUGGGUCACCAUGCUGGCCCAGGUCGUGUGCUCCGUGGCGCAGGUGUUCAUCCUCGGCCUGCCCUCUAGGAUCGCCUCCGUGUGGUUUGGGCCCAAAGAAGUGUCCACCGCCUGUGCCACAGCCGUGCUGGGAAACCAGCUGGGUGUUGCCAUUGGGUUCCUGCUUCCACCUGUGCUGGUUCCAAACACUCCAGAAGAUAAACAGCUCAUGAGCCACAACAUAAGCAUCAUGUUUUAUGGAACAGCAGCUGUCUCAACUCUGCUCUUUAUUUUAACAGUCAUCGUUAUUCAGGACAGACCUCCACUGCCACCCAGUCAGGCACAAGCCAUUCUCCCCACAAGCCCAACAGAAGACUAUUCAUACAAGAAGUCCAUCAUUAACCUCUUCAGGAACAAGCCCUUUAUUUUGCUCCUGCUAAGUUAUGGCAUCAUGACAGGAUCAUUUUAUUCAGUGUCUACACUCCUCAAUCAGAUGAUUAUUGCACAUUAUGAAGGAGAGGAGUUGAAUGCUGGUAGAAUAGGUCUAACCCUGGUAGUGGCUGGAAUGGUGGGCUCCAUUCUUUGUGGACUGUGGCUGGAUCAUACCAAAACCUACAAAGUGACUACGCUGGUCGUGUAUGUCCUGUCCUUUAUUGGAAUGUUGGUGUUCACAUUCACUUUAGAUUCAGGAUACCUGCUUGUGGUUUUCUUUACUGCUGGAGCACUGGGUUUUUUUAUGACUGGCUACCUGCCAAUUGGCUUUGAAUUUGGUGUGGAAAUAACGUAUCCUGAAUCAGAGGGCACUUCAUCUGGUCUUCUUAAUGCAUUUGCUCAGGUAUUUGGAAUUGUUUUUACUUUAAUUCAAGGAAAGCUUACCUCAGACUACAAGCCGCUAGUUGGAAACAUCUUCAUAUGUGCCUGGAUAUUUGGUGGCAUCAUUCUAACAGCAUUAAUAAAGUCAGAGCUUAAAAGACAUGGAGCCAAUAUGGGCAGCAAAAGUCAACCGGUUCCAACAGAGUGCCCUUCUGAGAAGGUAACCAAUGGGGUAAGGGUGGAGUCCUCGUCAAGUUUAUCACGUGAGACAUCACUGUAAGCCCACUUAAACAGCAGUGACUCUGCAGCACAACUGCAAGGAGCCCUCUACCAUCACAAGCUUUCCUGAGGUUACUUGAAAUUGUUUCUUUUUAUUUAUUUUUCUUGCUGUACUGUAAUUUCAUAAGACAUUCAUGAGGUUUCAGCACAUGCUAUGUUUUUAAAGACACCCAUAAUGAAGUUAACAUCUUAGUAAAGUUCAACACAUUUUUUUUUAGAUCAGCAGACAACCCGCCUUGCAUUAACAUGCUAAUUACAUUUACAACACAUUGCAGUACUCCCAUAAUGAUGUUGGACACUACAUUCUGUACAAUUUAUAGGUUAAAUGAUUCACUAGUCAUUGCAGUUAGCUCACAAAGGUUUACAACACUGUGAACAUUAGUAUGUAGAGUACUAAUGUAUAUAAGAAGUCAAAUUUGUUCAAAACCUUGUUUGGACAGUGAAAUAUUACAGCUGACAGGAGAGAAAAUCUGUACUAUGAUUUGUGAUUUUUUUUGUGGACCGAACCUAGGAUUUAAAAUUAGCGCAUACACUGGAACUAUGCGUUCAAAAGUUUCUGCAGAGUGUUCAGUUUACAUAGAUAGCUAAGUCUUAUUUUAACUAAUAUAUUAAUUUUAUUUUACAGUGUCUUAAGGCUGAUAGUGUACAUAGUGGGCAUACCUGUUGUAAUAUUUUGAUAGUUUGAGAAUUAGUGUUAACAGUCAGUGUGCACUAAAUUGCCAAAAGUAUCCCCUCACCUGCAUUGUGUUUGGUGAUUUGAGGCUUGGAUGGAGCAGCUUGGCCAUGGAAACCCAGUCCAUAAAGCUCUCUAUGCUCCACUGUUCUUAAGCUAAUCUAAAGGCCACAUAAAGUCUGAAGGCCUGCUUUCAGAGCUGCUUUUGUGCCCAGUAACUUACACUUUGUUAUAAUAUCACUGAAAUUUGACUGUGAAAUAUUUAGUUGUGAGGAAAUUUUACAACUGGACUUGUUGUACAGGUGCUGCAGCCUAUCACAGUACCAUGCUGGAAUUUACUGAGCUCCUGAGCGCGACCCAUCCCUACACUAAUAUUUGUUGAAGCAGCUAUGCUAGGUGCUUGGUUUUAUACACCUGGGGCCAUGGAAGAUGUUGGAACCUGAGCUCAAUGAUUUAGAUUGGUGAGCGAAUAUUUUUGUCAAUGUAGUGUAUACUCAUAUGUAGGGCUGGGUAUCAAUAAUUUUUUUAAACAUAUACUGAUUCUAGGCUUUCUAAAGUGAAAAUUAGAAACUGAAAAGUGAUGCAGCGUAUGUGUCUUAGGUGCUGUAAUGGGUGCGUUUACUGGCUCUCAAAUGUUUUUACCAAACUUUGAACUUUUGGGAGUAAAUAUAUCAAACAAGAGCAGUUUAAAUAGCUCAACACAAACAAUGUAACAUUUAAAUAAAGGUUCCUCCAAAUUCAACACUUUUAACGACUGCUACAUUCUCAGAAUUACUUACCUCUUCAUGUCUUUAGUAUGUAAUCUAGCACCCUUCUGAAUCUGCUGCAAAUGUGAUGCACAGGCAGAUACCAACUUCAGGCAGUGUUCCUAAGAAAGCAGUCUAUUCCUUUCAGUAUAUGCUUCAUUUUUCUUCUUCUUCCAGACAUAACACACUGAUCCAUACAUACCCAGAACAUUCAGUUAAAUUUUAUCACUCCACUGAGGUAAUGAUGUGCUGUAAAGCCGUGAAACAAACUGUUGAGAUUUAAAGAUGACAAUUGGCCAAGAACCCAAGAAGAUAUAGUCAAACAGUGUUACCUGAAGCAAGUGUCUGGCUUUACACAAUGUAAGGAGCAGGUCCCCAAGCAAAUGUGUGCUCUGCACAGCACUCAGACAAUUCUGAGUCUGUAGUAAUCAAUAAAAGUAUCAUUUUGUGUCGAAUUUGGAGAAACCACUAGUUCUGUAUGUUAAGCUGUUCAAAUUGUUUUUGUUUGAUUGCUUUGUUCCAUUUUGCUAAUAAACUUAAUUUUUUUUGAGUACUUACAUCACAUAAUGACAUUAGCUGUACUAACUCAGUGACUAACCAUGUAGUUUAAACCAUGCUAAACAAAACAGGUUCAGGGGAGAACUCACAAAAUUGCGAGAAUUAAAGAACCCUGAUCUAGGUAUUUAUUUUUAUAAUCAAGAUUAUUUAAUUCUUCUAUAAAGCAUGUAGCUUUAAUGGUAGUCAUUACGUCAUUUAAUUUUUGCUGUGUAGGUAUUGAAAUUGCAUCAUUAUAAUCAGUAGUAUUGUAGUACCUGUGUGUGAGGCAAUGCUAUAAAAGUUUAUAAUUUUGAGACCCAGCCUUACUCGCAAGAUUAUGUAUUUAUUUUUGAUUUAUGGGGCACAAAAACGGUCAUCAUUUUAAGGAUGUUUUGCCAUUGAACACUUUUAGUAUAAUAAAUAAUCAUAUUGGAUUGUGUUUUAUGAGAAAUCAGGAGACAACAUGACUGAGACUGAGAAUAAUGACAAUGAUUACAGUAUGUAGCAGCAAAUACAAACUCUGCAGCAGGACAAAGACAUUUAACAAAUGAAAGCACAAAGUAGUGCUGGCAAAAAGCACUUUACUCCCAGGUUUCUUUAAAUCAGAGCACACAAUUUUUAGAUCUGAAGAAAUACAAAACAUGGUCAUUAUAAAUAAAUAUUUUUGUGCACUUAAACACGAACCUAAAUGAUGUAUUAACUCUGUGUACUCCUGAAUUUGUGAGAGAUAUUAAGAGGUUUUUUUAUGGCUCUGCAAAAGUCAGAGACCACCCUGGAAUUAUUUAAUUUCUAGUCGUGCAUUAACAUUCAAGUUCAUUCAUUUCUUUGAAGGUGUUUAUGAUUAAAUUAACACUGUAGAACCUGCUUAUGUUCUCACAACAAACAGCCAAGAACUCCAUGUGCUAGGAAUUUAAAAUUUUUAUUACUAAAUGCAAGCCACUGUAAUAGAAGGGACACUUUGCUAAAAGUUGGGCAUUUUAAUUACAGAAUCAUUUAAUUUAUAUUUAGUUGUUUUGGUGUCUUUAUCUUUUUUGUUGACAUUGAAAUUAAAUAAGAGGCACUUACUUGCUGUUUUGAAAGGAAAUUAAAUAAAAGAGUAGUCUUUGACUCUUUUUACGGCACUGUAAGUGGUGAAAUACUCAAGGCAUGGUUUGGAGCAGUAAAGCAUGAAACGUGAUUUCAGCUCACAUUACUGUCAACAAAUAUGCAGGUGGUUGAAAAUCUACUGGCACACAUUCCAAAGUUGUAUAAUUUUGUUUCUUAUUGAGAUUUUCAUGUUUAAUUUUAUUACCUCAAAUGUGGUAUAAGUCAUAAAAGGAACCAAUGUGUAUUUUUUUAUAAAGGAAUUGUUGCUAAUAAUUUUUUAAACCUACAUUUGUAUUUUAGACUGCUGAAUACUUAUGUUAAUUUAAUGUUUUUUUAUUUAUUAGUCUAAUAUUUGUAACUCAGCUCUAAGCACUACUAACAUGGAAGUGCAGUAGUGUUGACUGCAUGUAUCAUUUGUUUUCUAAUAUUCUGAUAUUCAUAACUUCUGUAAAUUUAAUCCCUCUUUAAGCAAGUGAAAUGUAAUUUGUUCCAUCACCAAGGAAACACUGGGUAACAUGUUUAGUGUUACCCAUAUUAGCAUUUGUUGUUGAAUGUAUGGAUUUUGUUAAUCUUGCCAUCAAUGUUACUAUAAAGCUGCAUUUUGUCCUUAAAUCAGGACAGUAAUAUCCUGUUUCUCUGUUCCAGUCUUUAAUAAAAGCACCAAAAUGUUAUAUCAAAUUA